CCCACCUGCCCGCUCCCCCUGGCCCGGCCCUGACGUCAGGGGAAGGCGUGCGGAUGCGUGUGUGUUCGAGGCGCACAUCAUCCACACACAUCAGAUAGCGCAGAUCCAUCAGCCGGCAGGCAGCCAGCCGCGAAACCCCCCGGAGCUGGGCUGCAGGCGAGAGCGCUGCCCCUCGCAAGGCAGCGGAGGAGCGUCCGGCCCCUCCGAGCACCGAUGCUCUGCGGAGCGCAGCUCCAGGGAGCCCGUCACUGCUGAGGAGGUCACCAGCCGUAGGCCCACACGCCUGGGCAUCCUUUCUCCUGCUGCCCACCCGCCCGAUCCCAAAACGGAGGAGCCCACCGACCCCGCCAUGUCAUCGGACCCCAGCGCCCCGCCGGCAGUGCCACCCCUGCACUCCCCCAAGUCGCCAGUGUGGCCCACCUUCCCCUUCCAGAGGGAGGGCAGCCGCAUCUGGGAGCGGGGCAACCUCCUGCUGCGGGAUCUGCCCAGCCCCCUGCCCACAAAGAGGACCAGGACCUACUCGGCGACAGCGCGUGCCUCCGCUGGCCCCAUCUUCAAGGGUGUCUGCAAGCAGUUCUCUCGCUCCCAGGGCCACGGGUUUAUCACCCCAGAGAAUGGCACUGAGGACAUUUUCGUGCAUGUGUCUGACAUUGAGGGAGAGUACGUCCCAGUGGAAGGGGACGAGGUGACGUACAAGGUCUGCCCCAUCCCUCCCAAGAACCAGAAGUUCCAGGCAGUGGAGGUGGUGCUCACCAACCUGGCUCCCCACACGAAGCACGAGACAUGGUCUGGCCAGAUCAUCGGCUCCUAGGCGCCCGGG